CUGGAUUUUGAUCAUUUGGGGCAUAAGAUUACUCACAUGAUAUAUUGGGAAGUUUAGAAAGUUUCCGUCUAAAGUGGUGAUAACUAACCAGAAUUCAAGAUGUCAGGUUCACUCUUCCGCAGUGAAGAGAUGAGCCUUUGUCAGAUCUUCCUUCAAUCAGAAGCAGCAUAUGCAUGUAUAUCACAGUUGGGAGAACUUGGACUGGUACAGUUUAAAGAUCUGAAUCCAGAUGUAAAUGCUUUCCAGAGGAAAUUUGUCAGUGAAAUUUUAAGAUGCGAUGAAAUGGAAAGAAGAUUAAGGUACAUUGAGAAGGAACUAAAGAAAGAAGAGCUGAAAGUCCCAGACACUGAUGAAAAUCCUUCAGCUCCAGCUCCUAAAGAGAUGAUUGAUUUGGAAGCAACGUUUGAAAAGAUAGAAUCAGAGUUGAGGGAGGUUAACACCAAUGCAGAGGCUUUAAAACGGAACUUCUUAGAGUUAUCAGAGCUGAAGGAAGUUCUGAAGAAGACACAGGUUUUCUUUCAAGAGCAUGGACAACACAACAUUAUUGGAGAUGCUCAGCAUGCUUUAGGGCAAGCAGAUGAUACCCAGACUGGUACAAUACAGUUAGGAUUUGUAGCUGGAGUCAUUCCCAGAGAAAGGAUGCCAGCUUUUGAGAGAAUGUUAUGGUUUGCUUGUCGUGGUAAUGUCUUCCUUAGAUAUGAGGAGAUUCCUCAAGUCCUUGAAGAUCCUGUCACUGGAGAUGGCAUACACAAGUCUGUCUUUAUCAUUUUUUUCCAAGGAGACCAGCUAAAGUCUCGAGUCAGAAAAAUCUGUGAAGGAUUCAAGGCAACUUUGUAUCCCUGUCCAGAAAACCCACAGGAGAGAAAUGAAAUGUUAAAUGGAGUAUCGACAAGACUUGAAGAUCUUAAAACAGUCUUAAACCAGACAAAGGACCAUCGUAACCGUGUUUUAGUUGGAGUUCAGAAAGAGAUAACAGCCUGGAUUAUCAAAGUCAAGAAAAUCAAAGCUAUCUACCAUACACUCAAUAUGUGCAACUUUGAUUUGUCACAUAACAGUCUGAUUGCUGAGUGCUGGUGCCCUGUUAUGGCUUUAGAGGAUGUGCAGAGAGGAUUAAAACAUGGAACGGAGUUAAGUGGCAGCACAGUACCAUGUAUUCUACAUCGUAUGGAUACAAAGGAAACACCUCCAACCUACUUCAUCACGAACAAAUUCACCCAAGUCUUUCAGGACAUAGUUGAUGCCUAUGGUAUAGCUACAUACCAAGAAGUCAAUCCAGCGCUGUACACGAUUAUAUCUUUCCCAUUUCUGUUUGCUGUAAUGUUUGGGGAUAUGGGUCAUGGUACCAUCAUGUUCCUGUUUGGACUUACUCUGGUGUUGAUGGAGAAAAAAUUGAUUAGCAUGAAAGUCAAGGAUGAGAUUGCCAACACCUUCAUUAAUGGACGGUAUAUAAUUAUGAUGAUGGGAGCAUUUUCAAUAUAUACAGGAUUUAUAUAUAAUGACAUUUUCUCUAAGUCUUUGAACCUGUUUGGAUCCUCAUGGUACCCAUAUUACAAGAAUACAACAUUUGUUGUUCAGAAGUCCUUUGUUUUGGACCCUGGAACUAUGUAUGAUACUGAGAAAGGACCAUAUCCACUUGGUUUAGAUCCUAUUUGGAAUGCAGCAACAAAUAAGAUUACAUAUACUAAUUCAUUUAAAAUGAAACUGUCAGUGAUUCUGGGUAUAUCACAGAUGACUCUAGGUGUUCUACUUAGUCUUGUCAACCAUAUAUAUUUCAAACGAACUUUAGAAGCUUUAGUAGAAUUCAUUCCAGCAUUGCUGUUUUUACUGUGCUUGUUUGGAUACUUGGUUGGACUAGUGUUCUACAAAUGGUUCUUGUUUAAUCAGAAAUGUACACAGUGUGCUCCUUCCUUAUUGAUACAUUUUAUCAACAUGUUUUUGAUGAAGUAUCAGCCAGUAGGAAAUUUACCAGGGACCAAUACAACUACUUUUGAAUGUAGAGAAUAUCCUAAAGAUUUGGAGAAGCUACCAUGUUCUUCACAGACUGUGUUCUUUGAUAACCAGCAAAUGAUCCAAACUAUUUUACUAGUAGCAGGUGUGCUUAUGGCUCCAAUAAUGCUGUGUGUAAAACCUUUUGUCCUGAGGUCUCAACACAACACUAAAGAAAGAGACAUGGAAAAAAGGAAGCAAGGUUUGGGAGCUGUAUCAGAAAGAGCUUUGAUUCAUCAGGAGGAAAUUCCAGAUAAUUCUUCAAUGUCUGUUGACAAACCGACCAAGUCAGACAUUGAACUUAAAUCGACUGGAUAUACAACAGAAUCUGGAUCUUUUCAACCAAGGAUUUCAAAGAGUGUGAAUCACAAGGAUGUUGACGUAGAAGUUGAAGGUCAUGCCGUUCAUGAUAAACAUGAAGAUGAAGUAGAGUUUGAGUUUGGUGAAGUGUUUAUACAUCAAGCUAUCCACACUAUAGAGUUUUGUCUAGGAUGUAUUUCUCAUACUGCCUCAUAUCUUCGACUUUGGGCUCUUAGUUUAGCUCAUGCACAGUUGUCAGAAGUAUUGUGGAACAUGUUGCUACGUUUAUCUUUAAAGAUGGACAUUCCUUAUGGUGGGUCGGUUAUCAUAUUCUUCAUUUUUGGUGCCUUUGCCUGUAUUACUGUGGCAGUAUUACUUGUCAUGGAAGGGUUGUCAGCCUUUCUGCAUACCAUACGUUUACAUUGGGUUGAAUUUAACAGUAAGUUUUAUAGCGGUCAAGGAUAUGGUUUCAUUCCGUUCAGCUUCAAAUCACUGAUGGAACCAACACUGGAUGAUUAGUGCUGCCAGGCUUAUAUACAUAACUAUAUAUAUCUACUUAUAAAUGGACAUUAAUACAAAGGAAUUUUAGAAAAAAGGAAAUGUUACACUAUGUCAUUUGUCUUCCAGAUGUAUUUUUAGAUGUAUUUACCAGAGUAUCUUGAAAAAAUAGUGUAUUUAUAUGUACAAAAUUAAAUAUACAGGAUAAUGAACAAAAAUUUACCUGCUUACAAAAAUUAGAUUCAUUUUGUUGAUAGAAUUUACUUGUUUUUAUAAGUUUAAAUACCAGGGUACAUGAAUAAUAAGGGUUCAUAUUUUCAUUGCUUUCGCAUUAGAAAAGGUUUAGUUAAAAACUAGAAAUAUGAUAUAUAGUAAUAUUUUCCUAACCAAGAGAUUUUUACAGCUUUUAUAAAUUUUGACUGAGUUGGGCUACUUCAAAAAACAGUCCUGUAAAAAAAUGAAAGGAGGUGUUUAAAAAAAUUUAGAAAUUUAUGCAGAAAAAAGUUUAAAAAUUAAAUGAUUAAUGUUUUUUUUAUCUCAUUUCUUUCAGUUGCUUUAAAUUUAUCUAUUGGCAUGCAGAUUUGGAAAAGCAAAUGUAAAAACAAAUUAUAAUUGAACAAUAUUUUAAAGAAUUAUAUUGUAGACUUAAUAUUCCUAGUUCAUUGGUUUCUCUAAUCUCUAAUAAAAUAAUUCAUUAGCUAG